UGGGGACCCUAAAAUGUGGAGACUCCACGAAGAACGAAUGUCUGGUUUUUACUCGUUUCUCACAGGUCUGUCUGUCAUGUGCUGGCUACAAAGUGUCAAUGGACUCGGUAACAUUUCCCUGGUUAAAAGAACAGUUGACAGAUUGCUCAGAGGAUAUGACAUUCGCCUUAGACCCGAUUUUGGAGGGUCUCCAGUUACAGUGGGGAUGAGUAUUCAUAUAGCCAGCAUAGACAUGAUCUCUGAAGUUAACAUGGAUUAUACUAUCACCAUGUAUUUCCAACAAGGUUGGAGGGAUAAGCGUCUGUCAUAUACAGCUCUCCCACUCAAUCUCACCCUGGACAAUAGGGUGGCUGAUCAGCUGUGGCUUCCAGACACUUACUUCCUGAACGACAAAAAAUCCUUCCUUCACGGGGUGACUGUGAAAAACCGCAUGAUCCGCCUGCACCCCGAUGGUACUGUCUUGUAUGGACUCAGGAUCACCACCACUGCAGCUUGUAUGAUGGACUUGCGCAGAUACCCCCUGGAUGAGCAGAACUGUACUUUGGAAAUAGAGAGCUAUGGAUACACGACAGAUGACAUUGUGUUUCACUGGGAAGGUGACGAUGCAGCAGUGACUGGGGUAGACAACCUUGAACUUCCUCAGUUCACAAUUGUCAAACUGAACUUGCUAUCAAAGGAGGUCGUAUUUGCGACAGGCUCAUACCCUCGCCUGUCGCUCAGUUUUCGAAUCAAGAGGAACAUUGGCUAUUUUAUUCUGCAGACAUAUAUGCCAUCAAUCCUCAUCACCAUCCUGUCCUGGGUCUCUUUCUGGAUUAAUUACGAUGCUUCAGCUGCACGAGUGGCCCUUGGUGUUACCACUGUACUGACCAUGACCACUAUCAACACCCACCUACGGGAAACCCUCCCAAAGAUCCCUUACGUUAAAGCCAUCGACAUCUACCUGAUGGGCUGCUUUGUCUUUGUGUUCCUCGCCUUGCUGGAGUAUGCCUUCGUCAAUUACAUCUUCUUCGGCAAAGUCCCAGCCCAGCCAAAAAAGCCAAUGGGGAAAGCCAGCAAGAGCAACACAGAGAGAGGACGACUCGGGACCACCAGAGUUGAUGCACAUGGAAAUAUCCUCCUAAGCACGUUGGAACUGAAUGAUGAAGUCCUCCCAUCAGAGGUUGCCAGCAGUGUGAGUGAUUCACGCAAUUCCGUCAUGUCCUUUGACAGCUCUGGGAUCCAGUUCCGUCGAGUCGGAUCCAGAGAUGGUCUAGGGAUAAGCACCAGGGAGCGAAACAUAGACCGUGACCCCGCCAAGAGCCGCCUCCGUCGUCGAUCCUCCAAACUCAAGCUGAAGAUCCCAAAGUUGACGGAUGUUAGCGCCAUCGACAAAUGGUCCCGGGUGGUGUUCCCCAUAACGUUUGGCUUGUUCAAUGUGAUUUACUGGCUGCACUACGUGCACUGA